AUGAACACACCCUCUGAAGGCAGGAGGGAGCCGCAGGGAGCCACCAAAAGCCUGUGGCCAUCAGAGCCCAUCAUCACCUUGGGGCCAGAGGCAUCUGCCCGGCAGCUGGUCCUGAAGAAGAUCCAGGAGUUGUCCAUCUCGGGCUGCCAAGAUGCUUUCAUGGUGGCCAACUUGGAUGUGCUAGCCAUCCGCCAUCGGACCUUCCUCCAGGCCCUGCCCCGAGUCCAGCCCUUCUAUGCAGUCAAGUGUAACAACAGGCCCUGGGUGCUGUUCGUCUUGGCUGCUCUAGGCACCAGCUUUGACUGUGCCAGCCAGGGGGAAAUGGAGCAGGUGCUGGGCUUGGGCGUGGCCCCAUCAAGAAUCAUCUUCGCCAACCCCUGCAAGGCGGUCUCCCACAUCCAGUACGCAGCCCGCUGUGGGGUGCAGCUUAUGACCUUCGACAGUGAGGAGGAGCUGACUAAGCUGGCAAGGCACUACCCCGGGGCCAGGUUGGUCCUCCGGAUACAGACCCCUGACAGUCAAAGCACCUUCCGGCUGGACACCAAGUUUGGGGCCCCUCUGGAGGCAUGUGGGCACCUGCUCCAGGUUGCCAGAGAGCUGGGGCUGGCUGUCGUGGGGGCCUCCUUCCACGUGGGUUCUGAAUGCCAAACAUCUCAGAGCUACGAACGGGCCAUCGCUGACUGCCAUCGUGUGUUUGAGAUGGGCUGCAAAGCCGGCCAUCACAUGAGCCUUCUGGAUCUUGGAGGGGGCUUCCCAGGAUUUGAGGGCUCGGAAGCCAAAUUUGAAGAGAUGGCGAGAGCGAUCAACGCUGCCCUGGCCCAGUACUUCCCAGAGGGGACCGGUGUCGAGGUCAUUGCGGAGCCUGGGCGCUUCUUUGUGGAGUCCAUGUGCACAGCUGCUGUGAACAUCAUAGGCAAGAAGGCCUCCCUGGAGCCAGGAGGCCACAAGAAACUGACAUACUACCUUAAUGACGGCUAUUAUGGUGUCUUCCGAGCCUUCCCCAGGAUCCCUGUCCCCAGGAUACCCAUAGUGGUGAAGGAGCUCCCCUCGGAGCCCCGCCUCUUCCCCUGCACUCUUUAUGGUCCCACCUGCGAUGCCUUCGACCGGCUCUACGCGACAGAGGUUCAGUUGCCAGAGCUGGAUGUGGGCGACUGGCUGGUUUUCCCUGACAUGGGUGCUUACAGUAGCUGCAUGUGUUCCACCUUCAAUGGCUUCCCGAUCACAACCAUCUAUGAUGCCAUGAGCCCCCAACUCAGGAGCCUCCUGGAGACAGGACCUUAGGCCAGGACAUGGCCCAGAACGGAGAGGAGUCU